GAUUUGCAUUCUGGACUAGAAAAGCUUGUCAGAAAAUAAUCACCACUAUAAGCAAUGCCUCUGGAUAUAGGUCAUCUUAGGUCCAUUAUAAAAGGGACCCCAGCUCCUGGCUCUCUCAUCCACUGUUUUUACCUUCUUCUCCUUGGGAACCAGCAGGUGCACCUCCAGUCCCAAGACAUGUCCUGCUGCGACCAGUGCGUGCCAUGCCAGCCCUGCGGCCCGACUCCUCUGGCCAGCAGCUGCAAUGAGCCCUGUGUCAGGCAGUGCCAGAACUCCACCAUCGUCAUUGAGCCCUCUCCCGUGGUGGUGACCCUGCCCGGACCCAUCCUCAGCUCCUUCCCACAGAACACCGCCGUCGGAUCCUCCACCUCCGCUGCUGUUGGCAGCAUCCUCAGCUGUCAGGGAGUGCCCAUCACCUCGGGCGGCUUUGACCUCUCCUGCAUUUCCAACCGCUACUGUGGCAGAAGGUGCACCCCCUGCUAAAGGUGCUGGACACUGGUCCCAGACAAGGUCCCCCUCCAAAUCACAGCAUGGCACUGGACAGCAGAACACAUGUUGUGCUGCUGCUUUUGCCCUGCAAGACAGACAGGACGGGGCCAGCUGGGCUUCGCUGACACCAUGGAGAAAGUCUACCGAUAUUCUCUUUUGCUCUCUCUUCCUAUCUAAUACCUUGGUUGUCCUUUUGCCUCAGAGCUCUCUGUUAGUACCCUCAAAACCAGAAUCGAGUGACUUGCAACCUCUCUUCUUUUCUUGGCCAGUAUGCGUGGGCCUGGUGGCAACGCUGUCGUAGGACUGGGGAACCGGUUCAUCUGUGUACCUGCUGCUCACCACACUUGCUGUCUGCACUUGCAGUGAUGUCAUUUCCCUCCUCUGACUCAUUAAACACUUGCUGCAUCCUC